AUGUGUUCGAUUCCUGGGCUUCCAACACCUGGAUCAGAUGUACCUGUUCUCAUCACGAGAGUAAACCCAAACCUUAAUUGGGGUCUUGUUGAACUAUGGGUCCACAUGGGUGAUGGAGGGACGCAUGUUUAUGAGAAACUGAGAGAGGAAAUUCAGAUUCCUAAGGGGAAGUUUUGUGGAUCAGAAGGAAAACCAGGGGACCUUUGUCUGGUCUGCAUCAGUGACACCUGGCAUAGAGCUCGAAUUGUAUCGAUUCAAAGUGAAACCUUCAAUGUUUUUCUUAUUGACCAGGGACAGCACCAUAUCACCACCAGUGACGCUUUAGCAUGGGGCCAGAGUGACAGUUUUCUCCUUCCUCCUGAAAUUGAAUCUUGCAUACUCGCAAAUGUUAUCUCCCUUGAGAAUAUUUGGCCUGAAAAGGCCACAAAGUUUUUGGAGUCUCUGCCUGGCAAGAAGUUUAAGGGGCUGGUUCAACAUGUGCUGAUGCCAGACAGGAUUAUCCUCCUUGACAUACCAGUUGUUUCCAAUCACAUAUGUAAGUUUGGGAUUGCAAAGAAGAUUCCAGUGGAAGAAUUUAAAUGCCUUGUACUUAAAUGUCUACAUUUACCCAAAGGAGAUGCUUCUGAUGCCUACCAUGUAACACAGGAACAGAGUCUGAAUGUCAUGCUUGAGAAACAUGACCAAUACUUGUACCCAGAACUGUUAACUGACACAUUUGAAACUGUUACUGUGACGGAGGUUAUUGAUCCACAAAACAUUUUUUGCAAGCUUCAAAUUUUUUCCAAGGCAGUGAAAAUAUUAUCAGAACAAAUCCACCAGCACUAUGAAGAGACUUCAGAUUUUGGGCAGGCACAACCACAGACCAACGGGGAUCCAUGUGCUGCUAAAGGAUCAAAUGGCAGAUGGUGUCGCUCGUUACUAAAGCAAAACAUUGUGACUAGCGAUGGUGCUGUAGAAGUCUUGCAUGUAGAUGAAGGAAAAACUGAAUUUGUCCCAGUUGGAGACAUCAGACCAAUGCUUGGAAAAUUCCUGAGAAUGCCAGUUGUCACAUAUCUCUGUUCUCUAGAUGGAGUGAAUGAUAAUGGCACAGGAUGGACUACAAACCAGACUGAUUACUUGAAAUCACUACUCCUGAAUGAGACAGUUGUGGCUCGCUUUAACCACCACAGUAGACCUCAAGAUGUGUAUUAUGUCACUCUUCAUGCUGCUAAUGAUGCAUGCAUAAACAACUGCUUUUUAGUGAACGCAGGAUCUUUUCCACCUUGUAAGACUGAACAAGAUUCAAAUGUCCAGAAUGAUCCCAUUCCCUCAUCAUUUCUCAGUUCACUUGUAGAUGAACAGUGUGUGGAUUUCCAGAACACAGUCAAUUUAAAUGUUGAUGUUUUAGAGGAAACCUUGCCAAGUACCAAGAACACACCAAUUAAUGGCAGGGAAGAUGAGGUACAGACUUCUGGCCCCACUGCUCAUCCUCUCAAAGAUAACUCUGAACAUCCAGACCCUCUAAUACACGAAAAUGGGCAUCUUUCAACUUGUCAUGAUAUGUUUACCAUAAAAAGUUCUGUCAAUGUAAAAGUGUCUCGUAUUAAAAAGGUAUGGAAGACGACCUGCGCUCAAGCAACUAAAAAUGGUGACUGUCUUAGUCUCCUUAUGGAAGAUCUGCAAACCCACUAUGCCUCUGCCCAACUUCAGCCACUUGUUCGGUCCAUCUGUGUCGCCCGUAAUCCAGAAAAUGGCAUGUGGUGUAGAGCGAAGAUCAUUGCAAGUCACCACUCCCCUGUAGUAGAUGUUAUAUUUAUAGAUUAUGAUCAAACUCAAAAGGUCCCUCUGCGAGAUGUGUACCCCAUUGACCCAGCUUUCUUAGAUGGGGUCAAUGGGCCUUUUCAGUGUUGCCUAUUCAAUCUGAAGAAUUCUACUAAUUCCAAUGCUGUCACUUCAACUGAUGCUGCAUCAGAGUUUCAAAAGUUUGUGGAUUCAGGUGCCUCUUCAAAUGGUGUAUUGAAAAGUAAUUUAAAGGCCAGAACAUCUAAUGAAGAAAGCCCAUCCCUGCCCCAGAAAUGUGCACAGGUUGAAAGUCAAAUCCUUUCUCUGGUCCAAUCAGAUGCAUAUAAUUAUUCCACACAUGAUAUUGAGGUGGGUGGAAAAGAAAAAGUGUGCAUUACCUUUGCAGAGAAUGUAAAUCAUUUUUACUGCCAGCUAGACAGGAACUCUCACUUGCUUGACAAAGUGAUGGAAAAUGUUAAGCAACUAAUUUGCCAGCCACAGUGCACAGAUCGCCAACUUGGACUCAACAGUGUUUGCUUAGCUAGGUACACUGAUAAUCAGUGGUACAGAGGGCAAGUAAUAGAAAUGUCACCCAAACUUAAAGUACACUUUGUGGACUAUGGAGAGACCCCUGCAGUGAGUGAAUCUGAUAUCCAUGCUUUUUCCUCUGAAGCAUGUAUUGCCAUGUCUGUUCCUGUGCAGGCUGUUCCACUUGGACUGUUUGAUGUCCCAGCUGAAGUACCACAGGAAGUCAACCAGUGGUUUGAAGAUAACGCCAUUGGCCGUAAUUUUACCAUUUCAGUAGUAGCUAAAGGGGAAAGAGGUAAACUAAUUGUUGAACUCUUUGAGGGUUCCUUGAAUGUAAAUCGGAAAGUCAGAGAGUGCAUAGCAAAGAUGAAUCGACAGAAGACAAAUGGCCUAGUUAAGCAGACUGACCAGCAGUGCUGCAAAGGCUCACAACAGGCUAGUGUUCCAGGUCUAGACUGUUUAACUGAAGAGCUCACGAAUGUGCCACCAUUAGAGGAUAUGACAGAAAAAAGUAAAGUCUGUAGCAAUGGAAUUUGUGAUUCCAUCACAGUGGAUGAGCUAAAGACGGAUUCACAAUCCACAACUCUUGUCUCCAUACCAACGGUUGAACAUGGAAGGACUUUGGAUGAAGGAAAAAAAACAAUGUUGGAUGUCAAGGUCAAAGAAACCAUGGUGGCACAGACAUUCAUACAAGGUCUCCAAACAGACUCAGAAAUGGCACAACUUUCCCUUCCUUCGUGCCCUGAGGCAAUGGAGAACAUCUACAUGUACAAGAGGCCAAACAUUUCUCAAAACAAAACAGAGGAGGUAUAUGCUUCCUGCAUAGUUGCACCCAAUUACUUCUGGUGUCAGUGUGCCAACACAGAAAACCUGGACAUAGUUUCAAGAGUUGCUCAGGAGGUAGGACAGGCACAACAGGACACAAUAUUCCCCAAGACUUUGGAUCCUGGUUGUCCAUGCCUUGCUCUCUUUUACAGUGACAACCAGUGGUAUCGAGCACAGGUAAUUCAGAGAACUGGAAAUACACUUAAUGUUCUGUUUGUUGACUAUGGCAAUGAGUCUGAAGUCGACAUUAAGGAUGUGAGAACAGUGCCUCAGAGUCUGUUGGAGCAGGCUCCUCAAGCAUUUCUUUGUUCCUUGAAUGGAUUUGAAGAGCCCAAGGGCUCCUGGGAUGACAAAGUGUAUGAUUACUUCUAUAAUCUUCUGGUUGAUAAACCACUAAAAGUGUCAGUGCUCAACAUGGAAGAUCAUUCAGAGAUGGCAGUACCUCAGUAUGCAGUGGAAAUUGUGUGUGAGGGGGUGAAUGUAAAUGCAGCAAUGCAGGUAUACUGGAAACCAGUUGCCAAAGAACAUGUUAUGACAGAAAGCCCUGAAACAGAAACUUUCCUCCAAUAUGGUCCAACCAAGUCUAACAUUAAACACAUUGUUUCCAAAGAAAAUGUGAAUACUUGCAUGUACAAGAAGCCAAAUAUUUCCAAAAACAAAGAAGAGGAGGUAUAUGCCUCUUGUAUUGUGGAACCCGGUUUCUUCUGGUGUCAGUACACCAACACAGAGGAUCUUGGCAAAGUGGUGAGGCUUGCACAGGAAGCAGGACAAGCAGAGCAGGACAUGAUGUUCCCAGACACUCUUAGUCCUGGCAGUCCAUGCCUUGCUCUGUUUUCCAGUGACAACCAGUGGUAUCGAGCUCAAGUCAUUCGCAGGAGUAAUGAUACAUUUUAUGUUCUGUUUGUUGACUAUGGAAAUGAAUCAGACGUUGACAUCAAGAAUGUGAGAUCAGUGCCUCACAGUCUGUUGGAGCACGCUCCUCAGGCAUUUCUGUGCUCCUUGAAUGGAUUUGAGGAGUCCAAGGGCUCCUGGGAUGACAAAGUUUACGAUGACUUCUACAACCUUCUGGUUGACAACCCACUAAAAGUGUCAGUGUUCAACAUGGAUGAUCAUUCAGAGAUGGCAUUUCCCCAGUAUGCAGUGGACAUUGAAUGUGAAGGAGUGGUUGUGAAUACAGCGAUGGAGAAAUACUGGAAAGGAUUUCCAACAGACCAUACCUUGGCAGAAAGUCCAGAUUCUGUCAACCAGGAUGAAACCAGGACCAUAGACGAUUGUGCUGGGGUUUAA